GAGACAGCUGAGAUCCCGCACCCAACUGUGUCCGUGGGAGCUCCAUCAUGAUUCCACAAGUAGUGACCAAUGAGACUGUCACAGUCAUCUCACCAAAUGGAAUCAGCUUUCCACAAACAGACAAACCCCAGCCUACCCAACAGAAGAAAGACAGCCUGAAGAAACAUCUAAAGGCAGAGAUCAAAGUGAUGGCGGCAAUCCAGAUCAUGUGUGCUGUGAUGGUGUUGGCUCUUGGAAUCAUUUUGGCAUCUGUCCCCUCCGACACAAAUUUUACCUCAGUGUUUUCAGCCCUUUUAAAAUCUGGUUACCCAUUUAUAGGAGCUUUGUGUUUUGUCAUCUCUGGAAUUCUGUCUCUUAUCACAGAGAAAAAGAUGACUAAGCCUUUGGUUCACAGCAGCCUAGCCCUGAGCAUCCUGAGUGUUCUCUCUGCUCUUACAGGCAUCAUUAUCCUCUCUGUCAGUCUGGCUACUUUAGAGCCUGCCUUGCAGCAAUGUAAGCUGGCUCAACAACUAGCCACAACCCCACAUUAUUAUCAUUUCUUUCGUCCUUUGCCAUCAAACAAGAACUGCUUCAUAGCCAAGGCUGCUCUGACUGGAGUCUUUUCACUGAUGCUGAUCAGCAGUGUGUUGGAGCUUGGCCUGGGUAUCCUCAUUGCCAUACUGCGGUGGAAACAGAGUCGCUCUGCUUUCUCUGGGAAUGUGGUUUUCUUAUCUCAGGACUCAAAGAACAAAUCCAGUAUGUCUUCAGAGUCCCUUUGUAACCCUGCAUAUGAGAAACUACUGACUUCAUAAAAAUUAAGUAGAAAUUAUAUAGCAGAAUAUCAGUCUUUAACACAAUUUUAAAAAGCCAUUAAUUGUGUGACAGCAAUGCUUAAUAUCUUAAAAUGUGUGUGUGUGUGUGUGUGUGUGUGUGUGUGUGUAUUAGUUAAUAAGCAACAAUGAAAACAUGUUCACUGGCUGGGUUCAGUAGAAUGCUCUUGAUUUUGCUUCAGCCAAAGCAUAGACCUGUAAAUUCCAAUUUAUGUAGUGGUCAAAGAGCCCCAGAAGUUUCUCAAAAAACUAGAAGAAUGUUUCAUAGGCUCAGAGUGGAGCAAAUGGGCUACAUUUCUUCUUAUCCUUUGCCCUUGGCUGCAGGAGGUACUGGUUAGCGCCUGAGAUCUUAUUCUGGUUCUGUGGCAUGGGACUUUAUGGUGUCCAUUGUAUUCAUAAGUUCAUGAAGACAAGUCACCUGUUAUGAAAUCCCAAAGAGCAUACAAGAUAUUGGCCUCCAUAGAAAGUCCUUAUGUAAACCCAUAUUUUAUUUGUAUAGUUUUGUUUUUGCAUUUAAGCACAUGGCAUAUCACUUGACAUAGACAUGUCAAGAUGAAGUUCCUUACUUACGUCCUAAGUGCAACCAAAAGUUUCACAGAAAAUCUAACCAAGAAUACUCAACAUUUACUAAGAGGUUAUCUCUAUCUG